UGAUGAUGAUGAUGAAUGAAAAGUUGGAAAAGCUAACUGGAACCGCUGGACGAAGACAGCUGGAGAGUUAGCCAGGUGUAACCCAGGACCAGUGGACUUCCACAGUGUGGAAGUAAAUCUGUGUGUCUCAAAAAAAAAAAAAUCAUGGUUAAUGAUGCGGUGAAUGACUUUCCAUAAGUGGUGUCCGUCCAGGGCUGUGGCUUCCAUGGUUGAGGGCAGAUGGAAGGUGCGAAUGCCCAACUGUCGCGAGCAGCCAAGUUGGCAUUCUAGGAGAGAUAAUGAUUUUGCACCCUCUACUCACCAUCUCUCCACCCCCCGGGAUUUUGUGGUGGCAGAGUUUAGAGGAUCUUGCACUUGACAGGGGAGGAACCUUAGGAGGAACCGUAUCCUAUCCCUGCUGAUGUUGAUGUGAUUCUGCUGCAGACGGUGAUCUUGUCUCCAGUUCUUGUCUGAAUAAGCUCAUAGAAAGGCGUGAGCACCGUUACUGGGGUCAAGUCACACAGCGACUGUUUAAUGUCAUUAAACUCAGGAUUUUAAAAAUAAAAGCUUUAUUUUUAGCCAGUUGUACUUUUUACCAUUACAGUUGUAGCCUGUCUGUGCAAGACAUAUGUACAGUAUGGAUUAAUCUAUAUUUACAUUCCUGGCUAUGGACAAGACAGGUAGUGCAGGUAAUAACAGGAAUCAAUUAAAACCUCAAGAGCCUCAACCCAAAUGGCUCUUACUCCACAGUCCCAAAACGAGCAGUCAGCAACAGAAAGCCAAUGUAAGGCCGCCACCUGGUUUUGAAACACAUGUAUUACCACGGACGGAGGCAGAAUAAUGCCUCACCUCUCACCUCAAUAUUCUCUCACUAAGAGAAUAUUGUCCUUCAUGUCUGAACCAAACCACAACUUAAGUUUGACCUUUAGUGUGUCUCUUCUGCUUGGUGAAAAAGAAGACCUACAGGUUCAAAAUGAUACUAAUCCUGUGAUCAUGUCAUUUUAGUAUUUAAGCUCAUCUGAACCUCUGAGUGACAGGCCUCAUGAGGUUUGGUGUCCACUCUCGCUCUCACUAGUAAAAUAUUAAUAAUUAAAAUAUGGAAGCCUUUUAUCAGCUCCUCUUCCUGGGACCCAAACCAGUUGCUAUUCCCUCUGUUUCCAGGGGAGCCAAUCCUGUUACAGCCACAUGAUUAACAGGAAAUAGAAGUGAAAGUGAAAGAGGUUUUUUCUGUGUAUAAAGAGCAGACACUGAAUUACUGAUUACUUUUUGGGUUUGAGAGGUGAAAUGGCUCAACAAGGAAUUCAAGUGGAUCAGGACAAACUGUGCUGCUCCGUUUGUCUGGAUCUAUUAAAGGAUCCAGUCACUAUUCCCUGUGGACACAGUUACUGUUUGAGCUGCAUCAGAACCUACUGGGACGCAGAGGGUCACAAAGGAAACAGCUGUCCUCAGUGCAGACAGGCGUUUACACCGAGACCUGCUCUGGUGAAAAACACCCUGUUGGCAGAUUUAGUGGAGGAUCUGAAGAGGACUGGACUCCAAGCUGCUCCAGCUGCUCUCUGCUAUGCCACACAUCAAGACGUGGCCUGUGAUUCCUGCACUGGUAGGAAACUGAAAGCCACCAAGUCCUGUCUCCAGUGUCUGGUGUCGUACUGUGACCAACACCUCCAGCCUCACUAUGAGUCUCCAGCCUUUGAGAAGCACCAGCUGGUCGACCCGUGUGAGAAGCUUCAGGAGAACAUCUGUACACGUCACAACGAGGUGAUGAAGGCUUUCUGCCGCACUGAUCAGCAGUGUAUCUGUUACCUCUGCUCCAUGGAUGAACAUAAAGGCCACGACACCGUCUCAGCUGCAGCAGAGAGGACUGAGAAGCAGAAGGAGCUCAGCAAGAACCAGCAAACAAUUCAGCAGAAGAUCAAGGACAGAGAAGGAGACAUCAAGAAGCUGCAGCAGGAGGUGGAGACCAUCAAUCAAUCCGCUGAUGAAGCAGAACGCAGCACUGAGAAGAUCUUCACACGUCUGAUCCAACUAGUUCAGGACAGAUGCUCAGAUGUGAAGCAGCAGAUCAGUUCCCAGCAGACAAGUCUGGUGAAGAGAUUAAAAGAGUCUCAAAAGGAGCUGGAAGAGGAGCUCGCUGAGAUGAAGAGCAGAGAAGCUGAGCUGCAGCAGCUCUCACACACACAAGACCCCAUCCAGUUUCUGCACCACUGCUCUGCGCUGCUGAAUCCCAUGGACUCCACUGACCCACACAGCAUCAGCAUCCAGUCUGUGAGCUACUUUGACCACGUGUUAGCAGCUGUGGCAGCAGCCACAGAUAUAAUACUGGACGUCCUCAAUGAGGAAUGGACCAAAGUCUCACUGCUGGAGGUUGAACAGGAAGCUUUAAAGCCACGAGCCGAACCCAGGACCCGGUCUGAAUUCCUCCAGUAUUCACAAAAAAUGACGCUGGAUCCAAACACGGCACACAAUUGGCUGAUGUUAUCUGAAGGAAGCAGAAGAGCAACAGUGAUGCAACCAAAGCUGGUUUAUCCUCAUCACCCAGACAGAUUCAUUGAAAAGCAGCAGGUCCUGGGAGCAGAAAGCCUGACAGGACGUCAUUACUGGGAGGUUCUGAUGGAUCAGGACGUGUACAGAGCUACAGUGGCUGUUACAUACAAGAACAUUAGCAGAACACAAAGUGAAAGUGCUUUUGGAUACAACAACAGAUCUUGGGCUUUAAUCUAUUCUAAGAUUCCAUUUGAAGUCAAGCACAACAGAAGCGUUCUGUUCACCUCAGACUCCCCCUCCAGAAUAGGAGUGUUUCUUGAUCAUGGUGCAGGGACUCUGUCCUUCUACCGCGUCUCUGACACCAUGACUCUCCUCCACAGAGUCCAGACCACGUUCACUGAGCCUCUCUAUGCUGGUCUCAGUGUUUCUGGUUUUGGCAUGUCUGUUGAACUGUGUGAGCUCAAGUAGAGGAGCAGCAUCAAUGAGACCUGAAGGCUGAAUUAGUCACAGCUUCUCCAGUUGUUUAAAUUAUUAUUUGUAAAACCUAAAGUUUCUAGUUUCUGUAGAGUUUCUCACUCUGCACUGACUAGAUCAUCAAGAAGGAAGGAAGGAAAUGAAACCACCAAGAAGCUUGUUCUGAGGCCUGUGGUGCAGGAAUCAUGUGAUAAAGACAUGGAACUGUUUCAUGGAGCAGAUGUCACGUGGAAAUCAUAGGACCUUCAACAUAAUUAUAGCAACGCUUCACCUUAAUCAAUCAGUCAUCAAAAGAUUUUGUCCUGUAAGUCAGAAAUUGUUAAUGUAACGUGAAUAUGUUCCCAGAAUAAAUUGCUUGAAAUGUUA